AUGGCUUUUGUUACGGGUAAAAAUAUCACGGUUUUCGACCAUGCUUGAAAACAAAUUAAUACUCACCAUCUUUUUCAGGUGGAGGACAAAACUAACAACAGAAUUAAAGAUCUGAUAUCUGAGGAUGACUUGAAUAGAUACACGCGUCUUGUUCUUGUAAAUGCAAUUUAUUUUAAGGGAACAUGGAGCAAAAAGUUCGACCCAAUGCAUACCAUGGAUAAACCUUUCCAUGUAAAUGCUACGACCACAAUUCAAGUGCCGAUGAUGUACAAGGAGGAUAACUUCAGAUACGGCGAAAGUGAAGCAUUAAACGCGCAGCUGUUGGAAAUGAGCUAUGUUGGUGGAGAGGCGAGCAUGUUGAUCGUACUCCCUAGAGAAGUCGAAGGUCUUGAUGGAGUUCUGAAGAAGUUGGCGGGUGGCUUCGACCUCUUAGGAGAAGUCGAAAGGAAAAUGUUCUCCACCAAGGUUCAAGUCACAAUUCCCAAAUUCAAAAUCGAAACAGAAAUCGACCUCAACACCUUGCUGGUUAAGCUUGGGAUCAAGUCGAUAUUUAACUCCCAAGGCCCAUCAGGCCUGACUAAAGUGUUGAACUGCGACGAGCCAUUGUACGUGUCCAAAGCCGUCCAGAAGGCAUUCAUUGAGGUCAACGAGGAAGGCGCCGAGGCCGCCGCAGCCACCGGGUUCGCGGUUCGGAGACGUCGCUGCGCUGAACUCCAGGAGGAGUUCACCGUCGACCGACCAGCGCUGUGGUGUGUUACGGCGCAACGACAGAUUCUGUUCCUAGCGACCUACAAACCACCCGCGCCGUCCUCUCCACACGAUGAGCUAUAGUCAAGGAAUCUCAUAUGUACGACAUCGGUGCCUUUAUUAAGUUUCUUACACCCAACUUUUGUAGAUACUAAGUUAUGGUAUUAUGUAG